UAAUGGUAGCACAUAAGAUGUAGGGUAAUAAACUAUGUCUAAAUUAUUAUAUAAGAUAUGAUAGUAUUUUAUAAUAUGUAGAUCAUUAUUGAUGAAAAUGUAAUAAAUUACGAUUAAUAAAGAAAUAACGGUGGCGUCGGGGAUUACUUCUUGCCUUUGAACUACGGUCAAAUUUAAUAUAAAAAGCCAAAAAUAAAGAGCAUUCUGAGACAGAUGCAAUCAGAUAUUUACAGAGGCACUCACUACGCUCGAUCAUUCCACACAACGAAGUAUAUGCAAGAAGUGAUCCGCCGUCAACACAGUUAUAUUUGUUCACAAAAUACAACAUCUAUUUAUUUAAGAGUAUAGCAGAAAAUAUUAAGUCAUUUAUUGUACAUUUAUCGUCUAUCAAGAUGUUAGUUCUAGAGCUUCUGAUUUCAAUACUUAGUGUGGUCACUUCUGAAGUUGUAGAACCAAUUACUAUCGUAGGUCUAUUCCCUUCAGAAAACUCAAUAGAACAAAGAGCAUUUGAAUUAGCAGUUCAUAAAGUGAACUUGGAUCCAAAUUUAUAUGACGUCAAACUUCAAGCCCAAAUUAAGACCAUUGAUAUGAACGAUGUAUAUAACGCUGGUAAAACAGUGUGUAACACGUUAGAAAAUGGUGUUGGCGCUUUUUUUGGAGCAGCUGGUUUUGAAUCUUCUAACAUAAUUCAGUCGAUUUGUGACAAAAUAGAAAUACCACGAAUAGAAUUUCGAUGGGAAAUGACUCCAAAAAAACAACCUAACUAUUAUAUAAACUUGUUUCCUGAGCCAAUGUUGUUAAGUCGUGGAUACACUGCUAUCGUGAAAGAUAUGGAUUGGACUUCAUUCACCUUAAUUUACCAGCGAAAAAAUGGUUUACAAAGACUCCAACAUUUAAUACAAGAUUUUUCUGGGAUAUCUAAAAUAUCUGACCCAGAAUCAGCUGCUCUUGUCAUAAUUCAAUUACCAGAAAAUGAUGACUUUAGACCAUUACUUAAAAACGUGAAAAAAUCGCUAGAAGGUCAUAUUGUAUUAGACUGUGACACAGAUAUCAUUCUUAAAGUACUAAAACAAGCUGAAGACGUUGGUUUACUUGAUGAAUACCAUACUUUUAUAAUAACUUCCCCGGAUGCACACACUGUAGAUUAUAGCAAUAUAAAUUUCAAACGAACUAAUAUUACCACAGUUAGGCUCAUAAAUCCAACUACACCAACCGUCAACGAUGUUGUGUCUGACCUUUCUUUUGUCCGACAAAGGAUGGGUUUAGAUAUUGAAGAAUUGAAUGCUCAUACUACUACUGUUAACGCAUUGAUACUAUAUGAUGCUGUCAAUAUUUUUGCAAAAGCAGUACAUGGACUAGGAGGCACAAACAAAAUUAUAUCAGAACCCAAAAACUGUUCAGAUCAUAAUUCUACGGGAUGGUCAAACGGUUAUGCAUUAAUCAACUACAUGAGAGUAAUAGAAGCCGAGGGUCUUUCUGGUGUAAUGCGUUUUGAUUCACAGUCAGGCCAAAGGAAUUAUUUUACUCUAGAAAUGGUAGAACUAACAAAAACUGGAUUCAAAAAGAUUGGUGUAUGGGAUCCAGAAAAUGGUAUGACAUAUACUAGAACCCGAAGUCAAAUGCUACAUGACUUGGUUCAAGCAAAUAUGAAUAAGACAUUUAUAGUGGUUUCAAAAAUAACUGAACCAUAUAUGAUGUUAAAAGAUGACCAUAAAGAUCGUGUAGGAAAUGACAAAUAUCAAGGAUAUGUUGUAGAUUUAAUAGAGAUGAUUGCUCGAGAGAUUAACAUUACUUAUGAGUUUCGAUUAAGAAAUGAUGGAAAUGGUAAAAAAGAUAAAAAAACUGGAAAGUGGAGUGGUUUAAUAGGAGAAGUACAAGAGUUGAGAGCUGAUCUAGCAGUGUGUGAUCUUACUAUAACACACGAAAGGAGAACUGCCGUAGAUUUCACAACUCCUUUUAUGAAUUUGGGAAUUAGUAUUCUAUUUAGCAAACCAAAAGAACCAGAAACUAAUUUAUUUUCAUUCACUCAACCUUUAUCAUUUCAUGUAUGGAUUUAUACGGCUACAGCUUAUUUAAGUUUAUCAAUAAUACUUUAUUUACUAGCUAGAAUUGCGCCAAAAGAAUGGCAAAAUCCACAUCCUUGCGCAACAGAACCUGAACAAUUAGAAAAUUCACUAUCUCUAAUAAACUGCUUAUGGUUUUCACUUGGGUCUAUUUUGUGCCAAGGGAGUGAUAUAUUACCACGAGCUUUUUCAACCAGAGUAUGUGCAGCAAUGUGGUGGUUUUUUGCACUUAUUGUAACACAAUCAUACACAGCCAAUUGGACAGCAUUUCUUACAUCAAGUAGAAAAGAAUCACCAAUAAAGCGAGUUGAAGAUUUAGAUAAGCAAUCAGCUAUCAAAUAUGGUUGUGUAUUAGGACAAUCUACAGCUGGAUUUUUUGAGAACUCCAACGUUAAUUUGUAUAAAAAAAUGUGGAGUGUAAUGGAAACUUAUGGUGAUACUGUAAUGAUGUCAGACAAUAAUCAAGGUGUAGAUAGAGUAAAAAAGGAAAGAGAAGCGUAUGCUUUUUUUAUGGAAUCUAGCACUAUAGAAUACGAAGUAAAACGCAAUUGUGAUUUAACAGAAGUUGGUUCAUGGUUGGACAACAAGGCUUAUGGAAUAGCAUUACCUUUCAAUGCUCCACAUAGAACUGCAUUUAGUAUGGCUGUGUUAAAACUAUCUGAGUCUGGAAAAUUAAUGGAACUAAAAAAUAAAUGGUGGACUAUGGGUGAUGGUCAAACUUGCCCGGAACAACAAGAGGACUCAACAGAGUUAGACGUAAGCGAAGUAGGAGGAAUGUUUGUAAUACUAGUUCUAGGUUGUUUUAUAGCAUUUUUGUUUUCUAUUUUGGAAUUUUUAUGGAACAUAAGAAAAGUCGCAGUCGAAGAAAAAUUGUCACCAUGGGAUGCUUUUAUAUGUGAACUUAAGUUUGUAUUCAAAUUCCAUCAAUCAAUUAAACCUGUGCGACACACUGAAGGCAAUAAUGAAGCAAAUUAAGUUCUUAGAGUGUUACACUGAUAUUAAUUAAUUUUAAAUUAAUUAAAAGAAUAAAAAUUAUUUAAAAAACAGAUAAGUUAUAUUAUUACUUAAAUAUCAUGAUUGAUUUUAAAUACGAAAACAAUUUGGGCUCCAUUUUAUCCUUUAAUGUAAUUAUGAUCAAAUUAUCAACCCUUAAUAAUCAUUUAUUAUACUGAGGUAUUUACUGUUAUUCUUGACUAUAUUCCUUUAUCUCUGUGUGCAAAAAUUCAUCUGGAGAUAUCACUUCGAGAAGUAUGAUGUUACAUCCUAGAACCUAUGUUAGUUGCUGAGAAGUACUGGCGAUCUUUAAUAACCCGCGACCUGUGAAGUCUUUGCAUGCGAUGUUACAAAACCGAAAUUCACGUGACGUUACAUUGUGACUUCUUUAGAUAAUUAAAAAUUACACGCAUAGACAUUAUAGAUAAGUCUCAGCUAUGUCACAUA